AAGAUAUAAAAGAACUUCAAGAAUAUAAUAGAGAUAUUCACGGAAUAUUAGGAAUAACUGCUGAAGAAUUCAAUGAUAUGAGACUCAUUGAACAACAAGCAGCAAUAACUGCAUUAAUAACAGCGCAGGCGCACUGUAAAAAUGAACCUACAAAACAGGCAUUAUAUGAGAAACACAAAGAAUUCUUACAAUCUCAAUUAGAAAAAGUAGGAGAAAUGCAUGAUGACACAGAAAUUCAAGGAAGAAUUUAUGGAGAUGUCAUCAGUGCAAGAAAAAAGAAAAACCCGCAAAUAUUACUGCCUGAUCUGGAAGGAAGAAGUACUUACAAACCAUACGAACAAUAUGAUGUACCUAGAGAUAAACAAUUUAUUAAAAAAAAUAAACAAAUUGGAAUAAGAAUACCACACUCACCUACAGACGAUGUAUUCUUAGAUGAAAGACUAUCACAAGCUUCUAGAAGGAAUAAAGACAUCCCUCAAGGAGUAUUACCAAAAGUAACAAAAUUCCUCGGAGAUGUAGGACAAGGAAUUAAAAAUAAAUUCACAUCUAGACCAGCAACACCUUCACCACUGAGUCAACAUACCUUAAGUAGAGCACCCACACCUACUAUUGAAAAUAAUAAUAAUGUAUUAGAUCAGAAAAGAAAUAAAAGAGGUUAUACACCAUCACCAGAUCCUUAUGAAAGAAAACAACAAAGAUAUAAAAGUUCAAGUCUUAGCUCAAAACAUACAGACCAAAUUUCUAAUGAAGAAGUAGAAGAAAUAGAAAUACCAUAUUAUGAUAAUGUACAUAAUGAAGGACAAUCCUCAACCUACAGACCAGUACAUGGUACCUUUAAAGGACAAACAUAUACUACGUAUGUAUCUAAAACAAUAUAUCAAGAAUUAGAGGAAUUGAAAGAAGAAGAAUUAAGUGAAUUAGAAGCACAAUUAGAAGCAGAUUUGGAAGAACAUCGUAUUGAAAGAUUUGGACAAGAAGUUGAGAUCGAUGAAAAAGAAACAAUCGGAUAUGAUCCCGAAUUUUUUUCUUCAACAAAAUUAGGAGAAACUGAAAAAGAAAGAAUAAAGAUAUUACAAGAAAGAUGUGGAAAUAAAGUAUGGAAAAUACUUGGAGAUGUAUUGACUGAAUACGUAGAUGAAUUUAGAGAAAAACAAGAAAUGGGAACUUCCGUAAAUAAAAACAUAAUUCCUGAUAUUCAAUUUAUAUUGAAUAAAAAUGAACACGAAAUUCCUGAUAAUAAUAAAAAUCAAGGAAUAAGAAAAUAUACUAUAGAAGAAGAAAAAAAUUAUUAA